CCUAAUUGACCCACUGAAGAAUCUGGGCUCAUUUUUAAAUCAACCUGUUUAUAGCUUGACGGGCCGACACAAAACCAAUCGCCAUUACCCAAACCCAAAUUCAUCUGCCAACAAUUUCGAAGCUCGCUAGAGUGGGAAGCAGAAAGGGGAAAGAGGGGAGAGAAAGAUUCAAUCGAAGAAGAUGCCGGUGAUGGAAAAGCUGAAAAUGUUCGUAGUUCAAGAGCCUGUUGUCGCCGCUUCUUGCCUAAUCGCUGGUGUUGGACUCUUCCUUCCAGCCGUGGUAAGGCCUAUACUGGACUCUUUUGAAUCAUCCAAGCAAGUGCCUCAGCCUGCUUUAAGUGAUGUUGUUGCUGGUAUGACUGGUAAAAAACAGGGAUAAUUUCACCAGUCUUUCUACUACUCUUUUUUCUCAUUCCAUUUUGAUUGGAGCCGGUAAUAAUUUCUUCAAGUUCAGUUGACCUUCUGUUGACGAAUGCUAUGUUUAACACUAUGCAAAAAAAAAAAACAAAAUAUCAAUUUUAUGCUACUUCCGAUUGAUGCAAAUAACUUUUCACUUUUGUGUUUUAAUCUAGACCAUAAGUGUCCCUUUACUUUUCUCUGCUGUUUUCUUUCAUUUGAAUGAGUUUGGAACUUCGUUUUAAAGACUUGAAAGAAAUGACAAGCCUAUGUCGUUAGUUAUGAAUUUAUGUAAGUUAGGAUUGUUGUUGAA